AUGGUGGCAUCUUCAGUAGUUUUAAUGGCUCAAAAUAAAAUAUUCUCAACAGAAACAGAAACAAUAUAUUCAAUCAUUACCAAUAACAUCAAGGUUUAUCUUGUUAUUGGAGACAUUUUCAAGAAUUCAGAAGUAGAAAAAGAAUCCAAUCCAA